GCUUUGUGUUUUUCGUGAUUUAUAUGCAUACAAUUGAUAAAAUUACAUAAAAUAUAUAUGAAGAAGAGUAGGAAUCUCAGAUGCAUAUCAUUAUAAUUAAUUAUAUGAGAAGAAUAAUGUAACGAAAAUAAAUUACAUCAAGAAAUACACAUGAACAAAAUAGACGUUAAGGAAUUUUUAACUCAAGUGGAUAUAAUUUGAACUGAAUCUCAAAAUUAAUUUAAAGGAUGGGUAUUCCUGGUUUAACAACGUUUAUUUCAAAUUAUUCUGAACGUUAUCUUGAAAAUUAUGAAUUACAUGAUACUUACUUAGUUAUUGAUGGCAAUAGUAUAGCAUGUCAACUGUAUAAUUGGUAUGCAAAUUGUAAUUGUGCUUUUGGUGGUGAUUAUGAUAAAUAUGCACAAUGUGUGUCAGAAUUUUUUGACGAACUUUUAAAGUGCAAUGUUACUCCAUUAGUAUUAUUUGAUGGAGGCAGUGAAGACAAGAAACUCAAGACAAUUAUAACUCGAACUAGAGAGAAGACUCGAUUGGGAUCAUAUUAUACACCAGCUUCUCAGCAAAGAAAUAAAUUCUUCCCUUUAUCCAUAAAGGAAGUUUUCAAAGAUGUUAUGAAAGAAAAAGGGAUUAGAUAUGCACAAUGUAUAUUUGAAGCAGAUAAUACUAUAGCUGCAAUAGCACGUAUUCUUAAGUGUCCUGUAUUGAGUUAUGAUUCUGAUUUUUAUAUUUAUGGUUCAUUGUACAUACCAUUUAGUACAUGGCGAAAUUAUAUAGUUCGUAAUUCAACUGGUACUGGUUAUGUAAAACGUUGCAAGAUUUAUUAUGUUGAAAAACUUUUCCAUUUUUAUAAUGGACUGAAUCAAUCUUUAUUACCUUUGGCAGCAGUAUUAUUAGGGAAUGACUAUGUAAAGCAACAUAUAUUUAGAAACUUUUUCCGCCACUUGAAAUUACCACCAGCAGGAAGGAGAAAGUACAAUGAACAGCAACGACGUAUUGAUGCCACAUUUGAUUGGCUAAGAAAACACAGUUUAAACCAAGCUAUAAUAGGAAUACUAAGUAGAUUACGAAAACAAGAACGCAAACAUGUAUUGAAUAUAAUAGAAACCAUAAUAAAUAGUUACAUUAAUGCGUCGCUAAGUGUACUGGCUAUUUUAGGUAUACCUGCAGAAAAAUUCUCAAAAGUGCAUAUGCAAGGUGUAUCAAAAACAUAUAAAUUUGAAGGUGAUAUAUAUAAAUUGAUAUAUAUUGAAGAAACUACGAAUGAAACAGAUUUAACUGAGGAAGAAGGAAUAGAUGAGCAAGAAGCAAUAAGAAUACUACAAGAAACAGAAUUGGUUUCUAAUGAAUCAUUGGUGAACAAUUUACCUCAGUGGUUUAUUAAUGAAUUCAAGAUGGGCAGGUUUCCUGCUUACUUCAUUGAUUUAAUAAUACGGAAGCUGUAUAUUUUCAUUCCACAAAUUGAAGAUUACUCUUACGCUUCAUCUGCUAUUGCAAGUUUGAAAAUUGUAAAUAUUAUAUAUGGACUGCUGAUAUCAGAAGUAGACAAAGAGAAGACAGGUAUGAAAUAUAUAACUAGAGAUGAAAAUAAAAGAAUAAAGCAUUAUUACUUAGAAUAUAAUGAUAGUAUGUUUAAUUGUAAACUGCCCUCUCUAUCUAAUUUGAGAGAGGUACCAAUUAUUGUCAGAAGAGAAAUUUUGAACACUACUUUGGGAAUCACGGGUGAAAAUUGUAUGAAUGAAAUUCCAUCAACAUGGAUAUUAUACAUCGCAGCCAUCAAAUAUUGGAUAGAUCAACAACAAGAGUUAGCUAAACUUAAUUACCAUAUAUACUCCUUAUUACUUGCUAUGUUAUACAAUAUAAUAGAUAAUAAGAUAGGCUUCUGUAGAAUUUUAAACACUUUUCAACAAAAGUUUUACAAUACCGUACAAAAUAUUCAAUUUGCAAGAAAAAUGGGAAACUAUCGGCCACAAUAUACAAUGGAUGUUACAAUCGCAGAUGCGAUUCAUGAAGUUAAUGCAGAUGAUUGCUUGAUUGCGGCUUCGUUCUUUAUAUCUAAUUUCGAAAUGGACCAUAAGUUAUAUUCACAACCAAAAAAAUUUAACGUUACAAUCGUACAUGGUUUUGCAGAGUUUCAAUAUUGCUUAAGACAUAGUAUGCAAUUAAAUGCAUUAUUAGGGUAUCCGUAUGAACAAACCAAGGUUGCGAAUAUGUUCAAUGGCACAUUGUUAUAUAAUUUGUGUAAUAAUUUUAAAAGACGCGACAAUGUCGAAACUUACAUUAAUUCGGUUUUACAUAAUUCCCCAAGUUUACAGCGUCUGUAUAAUAUAUUAUUAUUGAAACUCAAACCUUUAUUUAAUAUGCAGACGAUGCAAACGAAAGCUAAAUAUAAAAAGCAAAAGAUAAAGUACGAAAGGAAAGAACAAUCCGCACAAGAUCAUGAAGAAGAGAGCGCGAGAAAAUGUGAAAGCACUGAUGUAUCCUUUUACGAUGUAAAUAAUCCAUUUACUUUACUUGAUGCUAUGCGAGAGUAAAGUUUCUAUUGUACAUAUAAUUAUAUGUCCAUAAGAAGUGC